AUGGAGCCCGAAGAUGAGAAGAAAAAGAAGCUAAAUGAUGACGUGGUGGUGUUUAUGCGCAAACGUAGCGAGACUGAAGCACCUCGGUAUACCGCCCGCUUGAAAACCUACGUUGAUUUUCAACAAAAGCGUCGGCGAGCCGCUGCUGCACGGCGCCACUCUGAACAAGGCCACCACCACGAUAGGAAACCAACAUCCGCCUCGAAGAAAAAGAAUGAAGGCGAACAAAAAGAUAAAGCUCAGGAUAGUCAAUUCACACCCAUUAACUCUUCUUCCAGAGAACAUGCCGGGAAUGAUGAAGACCGCAUGAGUAGGAGUAGACGCGGCGGGGGAGCUGGCGCUGGCGGUGAGAAGUGUGUACAUCGUACUCGGUCGUUCUCCCGUGCCUCGUCCGGCGAGCCGUCCGACCGAUGCGGCCGCCGCCGUCGACGCAAGACAUGCUGCCCUCGUCGUCGCCGCCGUCGAUCGUGUUGUCCACGUCGUCGUCGUCGUCGCAGCUGCCGCCGCAGACGGCGACGCAGCUGUAGCCGACGCCGCCGCCGCCGAAGCUGCCGGCGCAAGCGACGCCGCCGUUGCCGCCGCCGUAGACGUCGCCGCUGCUGA